CCUCCUCACAAGCCCCUCCCCCCCUCUCUCCCAACACACAGAAAUGGGCAAUGCAGCACUGUGUGCUCCUUCAAUCAUCUCCAAUAAUGGUGUAGUGAAAGUGCUCUCAGCUGACGGCAGACUAAUGAUCUACACAAGGGAUGAACCCGUGAGAGCAGCAGAAAUCAUGCUGGAGAAUCCAGGGCAGUUCCUGUGCGAGUCCCGGCAGCUGAGAGUGGGUCAAAGAAUUGCAGGGAUGUGCGCAGAGGAGGAGCUGGAGAGGGGACGAGACUACUUCCUCUUACCCAUGCAAAUGCUCUACUCUGUGCUCACAAACGAGGAGAUGAAGUCCCUCAUCAGCCAGAAGCCCUCCAGAGGCAACAAACAGCAGGCAGCAGCAGCCCUGAAUUUUUCCAAGAUUUUUCCGGAGUUCUGUUUGUUCCCGAAUGGCGCAGAGGCUAAGGCUGUGGAGGAUCAGUCGGCAGCAGUUGCUGGCGGUGAUUCGCAGCAUGUUGAGCGCUAUUCCAGACAAAGAUCAUGGCAGCCUGCGCUGGAAACCAUUAUUGAAACCCCACCUCGGUCUUUUACCCCCAAUUAAUUAUGAUGCUGUUUUUUUUUUUUUUUUUUUUUGGGAGGGUAUAUAUGAAAAUAUUUAUUUUAACUGAUUGAUUAUAUAGGAAGUUGUUGAGCACGAGAGUGGCAUUGUAGGGUGCGAUGUUUAAUUGAAGGAUUAUAUUUAUAUAUCAUUUCAUUCAUAUAUAUCAUUGUGAAAGAAAAUGGUCCAAGUAUUUUGCUUCGUUUUCAAAGUUAGGAUUUAUUGUAAUUUUGGCCAUCUAAAUAUAGGUGUUUGGUGUUUUGGAUUUU